GGUUUAGUGAGGAGCUCGUGCGUGUGUCAGCUGGUGGACGGUGUUAUGUUGGCGCCACCCUGCUCGCUGCGCGUCUCACGGUGAAAAUAUCCGCGCUUUUCUCGCUGGAUCGCGGGUCGUCGAGGAGUCAAGAUGGUGAUUCUCCGCAGAGGCGGCGGCGGAGCCGAGCCGGUGGGCGCGACGCCGAAGAGGAGGCCGGUGGAGUUGGACAGAAGCUCCGAGUUUCUGUCGCUGGUUCCCGCGUCGCAGACGAGGUCCGGGCGGCUCACCCGCUCCUCCAGAGCCGCGGAGGACAGCUUCAGCAGCCCCGAACACAACACGGCCAAUGGACACGCCGACAUGAAGCAGGAGGGAAGCGGCCACAGCCUGAGGACUCGAGGACAAAGACUUAAACUGGACAUCUCCUUCUCAGACGUGGAGCCAAAGACCAGCUCACCUGUGGACGAGCACAAGGCCGAGCGCUGCUGCACGAGGAAGUCUUCCAGGCUGCAAAAAGACCUGAAAGCGUCCGAUGACGUGGCAGAUGUCCCAGAUGAAGUGGAGGGAUCUUCCACUCCCAAGAGGAGCCGCUUCAAUCUGAGGAGCCGUGAAGAGGAGCUGGAGGAGGAGGAGGAGGAGGAGGAUCAUGGGUCGGUGCGGCGCAGCUCCCGAAUCACCAGAUACAAACUCAAUUCCCGGAAGCAGUCGGUGCUCUACGAUCGCCUCAUCACCAACACGGCCGAGGCCGUUCUUCAGAAGAUGGACGACAUGCAGAAGAUGAGGCGACGGCUGCGGAGCAGAGACAGAGAAGUUAACCAGGAGCUGGGUGUUUACACCAACGGCAGGAUGAGGAGGUCUCUGAGGACCAAGGCGGAGAGCAAAGAGGCCGAGGAGGAGAACCAGGGAGGAGAUGAGGAUGAUAAUGAUGGUGAAGAGGAAGAAGAAGAAGAGGAGGAGGAGGAGGAUGAAGAUGAUGAUGGGGAUGAGGAGGAGGAGGAAGAAGGAGAGGAUGAGGAUGGCGAGGAUGAAGAUGUAGAGAAUCAGCAGCGCUACGACUUCAGACAGAGAAAGACUGUGGUCCGAUACCAGGAGCCACAAGAAGAGCCCAGACAGACCAGCAAGCGCAGCAUGUACCACCCGUCUCCAGCCAGACGCAGGUUCAGGUUCAGAUCCAGAUCCUCGGCGCCCUGGAGCCCCUACAGCAACCGGAGGACCAGCAGGAGUAGUUCUGAUCGACGGAGACAUGCCAUCCACAGCAGCGACUCCACGUCCUCGUCUUCGGAUGACGAGCAGUUCCAGAGACGCAGGAGUAAGAACAGGAGCCGGCCGGUGAACAGAUGUCUGCCGAUGAACUUGGUGAAAGAGGACCUGCUGGGGAUCCACAAGGACCGGAUGAAGAUCGGAGCCAGCCUGGCGGAUGUGGACCCCAUGCACAUCGACAAGACGGUGCGCUUCGACAGCAUUGGAGGUCUGAGCAGACACAUAUCGGCCCUGAAAGAGAUGGUGGUGUUCCCUCUGCUCUACCCAGAAGUCUUUGAGAGGUUCCGGAUCCAGCCGCCCAGGGGCUGCCUGUUCUACGGCCCCCCCGGCACGGGGAAGACGCUGGUCGCCCGGGCGCUGGCCAACGAGUGCAGCCAGGGCGAGAGGAAGGUGUCCUUCUUCAUGAGGAAAGGCGCCGACUGCCUCAGCAAGUGGGUGGGCGAGUCUGAGCGACAGCUGCGGCUCCUGUUCGACCAGGCCUACCAGAUGCGUCCGGCCAUCAUCUUCUUUGACGAGAUCGACGGUCUGGCUCCGGUCCGGUCCAGCCGGCAGGACCAGAUCCACAGCUCCAUCGUGUCGACCCUCCUGGCUCUCAUGGACGGCCUGGACAGCAGAGGGGAAGUCGUGGUGAUCGGCGCCACCAACAGGCUGGACUCCAUCGACCCGGCGCUCAGACGACCGGGACGCUUUGACCGAGAGUUCCUGUUUGGGCUGCCGGACCGGGAGGCAAGAAAGGACAUUCUGAAGAUACACACCAGGCAGUGGAGUCCCCGGCCCUCCGACGCCUUCCUGGAAGCCCUGGCAGAUAAAUGUGUUGGUUACUGCGGCGCGGACAUCAAGGCCGUGUGUUCAGAGGCGGCGCUGUGCGCGCUGCGGCGCCGCUACCCACAGAUCUACGCCUCGUCCCAGAAGCUGGUGCUCGACGUCGACUCCAUCACCAUCACCAGCCGAGACUUCCUGUCAGCCAUGUCCAAGAUGGUGCCUGCCGCCCAGAGGGCGGUGGCGUCUCCAGCCAAGGCCCUGAUCCCCGCCAUCCGCCCCCUGCUGGGCGCCACCCUGCAGAGCAUCCUCCACACAGUGAGCAGAGUGUUCCCGCACGCCGAGCAGGGCCUGAAGAGGAAGAGAGAGCAAGAUGUGGCCUGUGGCGUGCUGGAGGACGACCCGGUGUACAGUGAGGAAGAGGACGCCGACAUCUGCUCCGGCGGGCCGACGUCUCGCUCCCAGGCCAACCCCCCCGCAGCCAACGGCCUCCUCAGUCUCGGCAGGAGCGUGCUGAGCGAGCCCACGUCUUACCGGCCCCGGCUGCUGCUGCAGGGCCGGCCCGGCUCGGGCCAGAGCUCCCACCUGGCCCCGGCGCUCCUCCACGCCCUGGAGAGGUUCACCGUCUACACGCUGGACGUGGCCGUGCUGUUCGGGGCCGGCGCCGCCGCCCCCGAGGAGACCUGCGCACAGAUUUUCGUGGAGGCCAAGCGGACGUCUCCCAGCGUCCUGUACGUCCCCCACAUCGGGCAGUGGUGGGACACCGUGGGGCCGGCCCUGAGGGCCACCUUCACCAGCCUGCUCAGCUCCAUCCCCGCCUUCUCCCCCAUCCUGCUGCUGGCCACCUGCAGCCUCCGCUACGACCAGCUCAGCCUGGAGGUGCAGGAGCUGUUUCGAACGGAGUACGGGGAGGUCUUCCACGUCCGGGUUCCCACCAGCAGAGAGAGGAGAGACUUCUUUGAAGAUCUCAUCCUCCACCAGGCCGCUAAAGCUCCAGCGUCCAGGAAGAAAGCCGUGCUCCAGGCUCUGGAGGUGCUCCCCGUGGCCCCGGCGCCUCCCCCCCGCCCGCUGACCCCGGAGGAGCUCCGGCGGCUGGAGGAGCAGGAGGAGGCCACCCUCCGGGAGCUCCGCCUCUUCCUCCGCAACGUCACCAACCGCCUGUCCCAAGACAAGCGCUUCAAGGCCUUCACCAAGCCGGUGGACUUGGAGGAGGUUCCGGACUACGCCGAGGUGAUCAAGACGCCCAUGGACCUGUCCACCGUCCUCACCAGGAUAGACCUCCACAAGUACGGGACCGUGAAGGAGUUCCUGGCAGACGUGGAUCUCAUCUGGCAGAACGCUCUGGAGUACAACCCAGACAGGGACCCAUCAGACCGGCAGAUCCGCCACAGAGCCUGCGCGCUGAAGGACACCGUCCACGCCAUCAUCAAGGACGAGCUGGACGAAGACUUCGAGCGGAUCUGCGAGGAGAUCAAGGAGUCCCGUAAAACACGAGGCUGCUCCACGGCUCAGUUCGCUCCUUCCUUCUGCCACGUCCUUCCUAAACAGCCCAGCAACCCUCCAGCUGAGGCCAAGCCCAGCGAAGUGCCGACACAGGGAGAGGAGGCUCGGCCCGCCGCUGCAGCCACGCCGAACGCCAGCUUCGCUUCCGCCACAGCGACCAGACACUCUGCUCAGAAGAAGAAACGCCGCUCGAAUCGCUGGAAGAACGGCGUCUGCACCCCGAGGAAGAAGUACUCUCCUCACGUGUCCAGGGAUGCCGUGCAGCCGGGGUCGGACAAGGACGAGGAGGAGGACGAGGCCGAGGCCGAGAAAGAGGCGGGAGCAGACCGCGAGGAGGGCGACGGAGCGGAGGAGGAGCCGGGCGAGCGCCACGCCGCUCUGCAGGGCAGUUCUGAACCCGCCGCCGCAGAGCAGGACGAUCAAGACAUGAAAGACGCAGAGGAGGAGAGACGACGAGAGGAGAUCUGUGGAACAGAGAACCCAGAAAAUAACAACAGCCAGACACUCAAAGAAGAAGAAGCUGUGACGGAAGCAGACGAGGAAAACCAGCAGCAGCAGACAGAAAGAGAAGAAGAGAACCAGGAAACUCCAGAGGAAGCUGACGAGGACAAGCCGACGGAGCGAGGAGACGCUGCAGGAAAUGUUACCAGUGAGAUCAGCCUGAGUGAAGCACAGGAAGGAGAUGGUGGAGUCCCAGAGGAGACGGAGCUGGGCGUUCCGGAAGAGCCCAUGCAGACUGAAGCAGCAGAACCGUCGACCCGGGCAGAGGAGGAGACGGGCACAGAGCGGGGUGUGAGGAGAAUGACCCGGGCCCUGAAGAGCGCCGUGCUGCAGCAGCACAUGAUCAACGUGGACAAAGCUCUGCUGAUCCUGGACCAGGAGACGCCCCCGCUGGUGGUGGACAAGGACAAGCUAAAGGAGCUACUGGAGAGAGUGGUGGUGAAAACUGAAGGAUACGAGGUGUACAGGCUGGAGAAGCUCUACGCCCUGCUCUGCCAGAGUAUCUACAGACACAGACAAGACUACAACAAGACUACACUAAUCCAGGAAUUGGAACAAGAGAUCGAAGAGUUCUGUUAACAGGAAAAUGUGACCUUUUUUUCUUUCUUUAACCUUUUCAGCUUCUCGGUUGUGUAAAUAAAAAAAAAAAAAAAAACAACUUGCUCUAUUUUCUUAGAAAUU